GUAAAAAAUUUUCAAUAGUAUGUUGAUUGUGUUACGCUAGAUUUCAUGUUGUGCAAAAAUGUGGGUUUUCGCCAAAAAACUGACUCUAAAUACUAGAAUUUUCUUAGUGACUAACCAUGACCGACAGAUCUGAAGAUGGAAACUACUUGGUGCGCGUGCGCGCUCAGGUGAUGUCCCGAGACGACUCGUCCGGCGGAUGGGUACCGUUGGGCGGCGGCGGACUGAGCGACGUUUCGGUGCGGCGGAGACCCCGGCCUCAGGGAGCGGGGCCGCCCGACAAACCGAAACACGACUAUCUUAUAUGUGGCAAAAGGAUCAGCGACAACUCGGUAGUACUGAGUUGUACGAUCAAAAAGGACUUCGAAUACAACAAAGUGAUGCCGACGUUUCACCAUUGGCGGACCGGUUCCAAAAGGUUCGGCUUGACGUUUCAAGCGGCGGCCGACGCUAGGGCCUUCGACAAGGGCGUUAGGACGGCCGUGGAGGACCUGUUGGACGGUUUUUCCACUACGCCUCCUUCAAUGAUCCUUCCAAAAUGUCCCCGAGAAGUUGACGAUGACGUGUUCAUGACAUUGGACUUGCCUCGCGAUCCCAAAGACUCCAGAAGCAGCACGGACUCGAAUAGUAGCGGUAAAAGUGGUGCUCCUGAACACCUGCAUAGGAUAACUUACGUUGGCAAGGACAAACCUGCCGAACCACCUAAACAGCCCACGUAUGAUCCACAAAAAGCAGGUGCUGAGUAUGUUCAACUGCAGCCGCGACACGAGUAUUUCUACGUGGAAAACCCCCUAAGUCAGCAGCCUCCACUGCCUCCCACGUGGGAAUCCCCUACCGCGUUGAAGAAAGCCUCUCCACCUUUACCACCUCAACCGCUGGCGGAAGUGUUCAAGCCUGUGGUGAAAAGGCCGCAGCACUUUGUAUGUCGACAUUGUAACGAGCCGUUCACGAGAGACCAAAACAAGCGCGGCUCGUGCAAGUACGCCCCCGACGCGGUCCGCUCCGUCGUCCACUGGCUCUCCUGUCUUCCGCUCAUCAACUGCUCCAUGUACCACUGCGCCGCCGACUCGGAGGGCGACUUCCAAACGGACCCGUGCAGGUGCCGGGGCGAGGACGAGCCGCGGGACGCGUGCGCGCGCCGCUGGGUCGGCCUCGCCUUCUUCUCCAUGGUCGUUCCCUGUAUCUGGCUGUACCCGCCGCUGCGCCUGUGCCACGCGUGCGGCGUGCGGUGCGGCGUGUGGGGCGGCCGGCACAAAGCGAGCAGCGAGGCCGCAUGACCGUGGGAGAGCGAACUCAGUACGGAAUUCAGUUUCGUUUAAGAUUUGGGGUGGAUGAAUGGUGAGAUUGAAGAGGAGGAGGAAAUAGGUAGGGUUACGGUAGGAAGAGGUUUUGAUGUGUGCUGGUAGUAGUGAAAAAAGGAAGUUUGCUGAUGAGUUAAAAAUAAUUUGCUGUAGAAACAAAUUCUACUGUAGGGCAUGUAGAAUUAUGUUUACGGGGUUAAACGUUGACAUUGCAAAAUAAACUAAUCUUUCCAUGUAUUUAUCAUUCACGCCGGUUCGAGGCCAGAUCGGAUAUCUGAGUAGUCUGUGAGUAAGAGUCGAUUUACACACUCGCCAAGUCGGUAAGCCAUUGUCAAUGAUAUGGCCGAGGACCACGGUUCAGAUUCUGCGUAAACAAAGUAGGCUCCGUCGAGAUUAGACUUAACAGCCAAAAGGAGACGUUAACUGAAACUACAUUACUUUUUUGAAGUGAAACUUCUUUACGCGCGCUGGGAGUAAAAAUUCGAGGCCGUGACACACGAGGUAGCGCACAGAGGUUAUUCUUCUAGAAUUAGGUGGUAAUAAAUAUAUAUUCAAAAAAUACAUGUUUUAGAAAGUUGAAACAUAUAUUUUUUAAACGAUAUUCGGAAAGUGAAGUAGAUUAUAUAAGUAAAAUAAAUUAGUUGUAUUUUAUACAGGGUGUUUGUUUAAAUAAGUCCCUAAUAUAGUGGAUGUUCCUAAACGAUAUGCUAGUAUUUAGUAGAUGCAGAUUCUUAGACCCAUUUUAAGAAAAAACACUUCAUAUGAAUCUAUGUCUCAAACGUCAUAACUUUUAAGAUACUGGGUGGUAAAGUUUUCCGAAAAGAAUAUAAAAAUUAAAAUAAAAAAUUAUAUUUUAGGUCGUCCUCGCAUUUUACCACAUAGACUGUGUUGAAAACAUAUGUCAAGACAUGUGUAUUUUGCUCUUCAAAGGGACUGCCUUCAUACCAAAUAUAUUUGGUAUAGAUAAAUAAAAAAAUUGUCUCUAAAAAAAUCAUUUUUGAAGUUCUUGCCACUUCUUGGCAGCCAAUUUUAGAAUGACUCUUUAGAUAAAAUGAUUAAGCUUGAUUUUCAUGCAUCCAUUGUCCGAUACGAUGAUACGAUAUUAAUUUUAUUGGUUGAAUUUAAAGACUUCGAUUGGUUGAAAACGGUUAACCAAUAUCCGUUAAUAACGGUUAACUAUCCGUUGUCCGACGACACGAUGAUACGAUAUUAAUUUUAUUGGUUGAAUUUAAAGACUUCGAUUGGUUGAAAACGGUUAACCAAUAUCCGUUAAUAACGGUUAACUAUCCGUUGUCCGACGAUACGAUGAUACGAUAUUAAUUUUAUUGGUUGAAUUUAAAGACUUCGAUUGGUUGGAAACGGUUAACUACUAGAAGCAUUUAAAUUCAUCCAAUAAAAUUAAUAUCGUAUCGUCGGACAACGGAUGCAUGAAAAUCAAGCUUUACUCAUAAUAAAAACGUCUUUCGAAAAUAAAUAUGAAUAAAUCCUGUAUUUGGCAAGUUACAAAAUCCAGUCUUACGAAAGACAAAUAAUGUUUUACAAAACAUUUAAAAGAAAUCCUUUUUUCUAUUUUACACGGGACGUAAAUAUAUUAUUAUGAACUUACCCCAAAAUACUUAAAAACACCAACUUAGUUUAAAAACUCGCUGCCUAAUUAUGCAAAUUAAAACUUUAAAAAUUCAAAGAUAAGCGUCACAAAACCAAUAAAGUAAUCAAUCUAAGGAAAAAUCAACUUUGACGUUGCGCUUAAGCAACCUAUGUUGAGAUAAAAAAAUAUUGUUGUUUAAUCAUGUCUCUGAUUUGUUAACAAUUAAAUACAACAUCAAUCGUAGGUUUUUUGAUACCUUAUUUUUCGAUUUAAUAAUUCCUAAAAAAAUAAAAUUACCUUUGUAUAGCGUCACGAAAAGUGGUUAACUAUCGAAAAAGUGGUACUGGUGCUCUGACUGCCAGCAUGUGUACGAGAACAGGCGUUGCAGGUUAAGCGCGGGUACUCAUUAAUCGAGCAAAGUCGCCUGGCUGUCUAAUGAAUAAGCUGUGGCGUUAUGAUGUACAAAACUGCCCGCUUUGAAUCUGAAAAAUAAAUCAGCAAUUUUUAGUCAAGAACCGUUAAAAGGAUAUUGAAAUGUUUAAGACGAUGUCACAACAAUUUCACACUAUCUAAGCGCACAUCAAAAACUCCUCAACGCAACCCUAAAUCACUUAGACCAAAGUAAGCUUUCUGUCGAAAAAUCUGACUGCCGACGUAGCUUGUACACGAACAGUUUGUUAGUUUCCUACCAAAAAAAUGAAUCGAAAGGAAACAAUUAUUUAAUUUCUAUUUUUAUAUGUUUUUGUUUAUAGUUAAUUUAAGAUUUAUAUCACUAAUCGAUAAUGCAAAAAUAUUAUCUCAAUUGCUGCCACGCGUUAUAUUUUUCACUAAAAAACGUAAGCAAUAUGGUUUUAAAUCGUUUAGAUUUUAUCGGAACUGAUUUCUAUGAGUAUUUUUUCUGGGUUUUUACUGUUUUUAGUAAUGUAUGUGCACAGAAUUAAUUUAUAUAUGGUAAUCGCAAAACAAUUUCCGAUGCACGUGAUCAACUUUGAGUGACCGGCGAUGGCGACAGCGCUGCCAGAUUGUGAUGGAUUUAUGAGAUGAAUCUUAAUUUAAA